CACACGCGCGCGCGCACACACACACACGCACACACAGGACAAAGCGGGUCUGUAGCGGAGACUCGGGGUGUUUUAAUCCGCGCGGGAGGCUCCGGAGCGCGGAGCAGCUGCAGCUUCAUGUAAAUGAACAAUAAUCAAUAAUAAUAGCGAUAAUAGCUUAUGAUGAGCAGCGCGCGGGACGCGUCUCCCGAUUUCGUGCUGAUGCGUUUGGUUUCUGCCACCGAGUACGAAGACGAUCCGGUGGGUUCAGGGCUGGGCAAGACGGGGCACCUUCAUCAUCAUCAUCAUCAUCAUCUUCAGCACCACCAUCACCAUCAUCAUCUCCAGCAUCUCCAGCAUGGCCUCGGCAUGGCCGGUGGAUCAGAGCGAGAGCGAGACGGCCGCUCAGAAGCAGCAGGUCAGCUCAUGGUUCUGCAGGACCUCCUGGGUCCAGGUGACCCCGGUCUGGACGGACCUGGACCUGGGCAGCCCGGCUCAGGAGAUGCUGGCGAGCGCAGCUCCAGCCUGGAGGCUCCAGCGCGGAGGUUCGAAUGGAGUCCUGUUUUCAGACUCACUAAAGUCUCCAAGGAGGUUUCUGAGAGCCUCUGCCAGAGGCACCGGCUCAUCUCGGACGCUCCGGAGUGGUCACCUUUAGCGGACCACCUGGGGACCACUACCGCCCGCAAGCCCUCCAGCGCCGCUGCCGUGAGCCCUGACCUCCAGGACCCGGUCCUGAACCUGGCCCGCAGGCUGGGGGAGCUGGGAAAGGGAGACGUCCUGCAGAAGGAUGGAGAUGUUCCUCUGUGCACCUGCCAGAACGUCCCGGGAGUCCAGCCUGGAGAGGACCCGAGUGAGACCAGUGACGCCCUGCUGGUUCUGGAGGGUUUAGGGGCGCAGGGCGAAAUGGGCAAAGCAGGGUGCCGGGACGGCUCUGAGGGCGACGCCGCGGCUCAGAGCGCACCCCAGCAGAGCGGAGCUAACGCAGGUCAGGAGCAACACCAGACCUUCUCCAGCAGCUCCCUCAGCGGACUCAUGAACCAGGUGCACCGGCUGACCCGGGAAGCCUGCUGUGACCCACAAUCUCCAGCAGAACCCGGAGGAACCGGGAUCCACAGCAGCCCUCCAGUCCAGGAAGCUGCAACCACCGUGCAAGCCCCCCUGAGUCGACCCCCUACACCCAAACACGUGGGUUCACCUUUGACCUUUGCGGCCUGCAGCAGGGAGCGGGACAGGGCAGGCCAGCGGAAGUCGAGGAAGGGUUCUCUGAAAGUGUGCCUGAGUAAACUGUUCCGCACUAAAAGCAGCGGCAGUGCGGGCAGCAGCUCCAGCGUGGGCCACGCCGCCGACAAACGGCCCUCGCUGGCCUCCUCCACCUCAUCCGGGGGCAGCCUGGUGGACGUGUGGGGCUCCAGCAGCACUGACCCCGACACGGGCAGCAGGCCUCAACUGGCCAGGCCUCGAAGUGCCUACUCUCCUGUUCCCUUCACUGAUGAUUUCGGAGGCCCUCAGCCCGGACGUUCACUCUCCAACGGAGGUGCAGCGUCCACGCAGACGCUCACGCACGCCCACCCCACCAUCCAGCACAGCCUCAGCCUCAACGAUACGUUUCUCCGCAAUGUGCCGAGGCCCCUCCCCCUUCAGCCCGACAGCCAAUCGGCUGCAGCGGUUGAACAGCGCCCCCUGCUGUUCCCUCUGAGCCGGCCGGACUCCAGCAGCUUCGCCACCAGCCUCCGAGAACUGGAGAAGUGUGGGUGGUACUGGGGUCCGAUGAACUGGGAGGACGCCGAGAUGAAGCUGAAGGGGACAGCAGACGGAUCCUUCCUGGUGCGGGACAGUUCAGACCCCCGAUACAUCCUCAGCCUCAGUUUCCGCUCGCAGGGCGUCACCCACCACACACGCAUGGAGCACUACAGAGGUACGUUCAGCCUGUGGUGUCACCCCAAAUUUGAGGACCGCUGCCACUCGGUGGUGGAGUUUAUUGAGAGGGCCAUCAUGCACUCCAAAAACGGCCGCUUCCUCUACUUCCUGCGCUCUCGCGUUCCAGGUCUCCCGCCCACUCCUGUGCAGCUCCUGUAUCCAGUGUCCCGGUUCAGCAGUGUUAAAUCCCUGCAGCAUCUCUGCCGCUUCUGCAUCCGCCAGUUGGUCCGCAUCGACCACAUCCAGGAGCUCCCGCUGCCCACACCUUUGAUAAUGUAUCUGCGGAAAUUUUACUUCUACGAUCCCGAGGAGGAGAAAUACCUGUCAGUCAAAGAGUCGGGGCGGGACGGCGGAGCCACACGGGAAGUGGAAGCUCAGACGUAGCAGACGGGACAGAACUGGAUAAAUCAUAAAUAAAGAGAGUGUUUAUUUUUGUUUGUGGACGGCUGCUGCUCGCACCUGGAAACUGGAUGCUGGAUUUAGGUUUAACAGACGGACACUCAGACUACUGAUGGACUGUAAUCUCUUCUGUUUGAGCUGUUUUGACCGCCGGCCUGGUUUCCGACGAUGAUCCUCCCUCCUCUCUCGGCCGGAGGGACGGGGAUGUGGAAACCGGCCGAAUUCGGGCCAGUGCUGUGGCAAUAUUAAUGAAGCAGCCUGACACCUGAGACUGAGAAGGCAACCUGAGGGCCGGGAGCGUGGCCAGAGACUUACACUCUGGAUGCGCUUGUCUUUCUGGACACCUCUCUGUCCUCUGCCUGAGUAAACUCCACUCCGCUCGGUGAGAACCGUCCAGAACGGAGAGAGUAAGACUGGGCUUGAAGGAAUACUUCAGAAUUUUUUUUAACCUGAUCUCCACCUGCUGCAUUUGGGUUGUACCACUGAUAAUAUCCUCACACUGUAAACCUGUUUUAAGGCGAAGUGAUGCUUUUUUAGUUUUCUUACUGAUGUUUAUUUGUUUAACCUGCUUAGGUUUGUUUGUCCGCCCAACGUUAGUCUGCAAUAACAGUGAAAUUUUUCACAAAAAGAAAAAACAGCCUGCACUCUUAAAAAAGAUGGUUCUUCAAGGGUUCUUUAGUAAAGACAUUGGUUCCAUAUUGAACUAUAAACACUAAAAGAACCUUUGCAUACUUGAAUGGUUCUCUGCAUGGUGAAGUGGUUCUUUAGAUGGCUGGAGAAUGUGUUGUGUGUGGUUCUAUGUAGCGCAAAUAGGGUUUUGCUAUUGUCAAGAUGUCAAGCCUUUGGUGCUACAUAUAACCCUUUUCAAAAAAGGUUCUAUAUAGAACCAUACAGAACCCAUUCUCCAUCAAUCUCAAGAAACAUUUGAAGUAAGAGUGGGCUUAGAGGAACACUCUAAUCUCUAUCGAUCAGUUGGCAUUUCACCAUGCAAAGAACCAUUCAAGCAUGCAAAUGAAACUUUAAGCGUUCAUGGUUCUCUAUAGAAACACUGGGGCUCAUUGAUCAAUAUCUUCCUAAGUUUGUUCUCGAAUGUGUCUUCUGAAAGGUCCUAAGGAAAAGUCUACGUCAGAUUCAUGACGUGUUCUUAAAGCGCAGAACUGGUCUCACCUUUGUGCUCUCGAGUGUCUGUAGAUUCUGUUCUUACGUUCUUGUUCUUAAGAACAAAUGCCAAAUAAGAAACAUUGGUGAAUGAAUCUUCGAAUCAGAAUCUUUGUAAAAACUGCGUAAGUGGGUUUUAAGAAGGAAUUUCUUCUUAAGAGCGAUUGGUGAAUGAGGCCCAGUGUCCCUUGAAUAAUGUCUAUCACAGCAUUUGGCAUUUAUCCAGAAUGGCUUCCAGUCUAGUCGUGUUAGAGAGGUAAGCUAAUGUAGCAUUAGGAGUCUGACUCAGGGAUGUGUACUAGUACAGCAUGAUGUGCUGCCUGAGGUGGGAAUCGAACCCCAGCCUAUCGGUAGAGGAGAGAGGUGUUACCUGCUGUCCUAUACAAACUGCAAGCAAAAGACCAGAUGGGGAUGUUUUUAUUGUCACACCUGGUCUUAGAGGUGGACAAUAUGAUGAUAUUUUAUCAUCAUCAUGAUAAAUUAUAUCACAAUACUUUUCUGAGCAUGUUGUGAAUAUCGCCAACUACAUUUUAUUGCAAAGUGAGCAUAAUUAGGUCUGUUUGAUUGGAUGUAACGCAGUGCAGUUUGUAAAACACUGAAUAAAAAUCACUGUAGUUGUAGGUUUAUUAUUAUUAUUAUUAUAGUAUUUUUCAAAUGUGGCAUUACAGGUUCUAUUUUGUCUGUUCCAACUUACUCAAUCUCAGAAAAACUAAAUAUCGUGAUCCAUAUUGUGUAUUGUGAGAAGUAUCAUGUAAUAUGUUGGCCAUAUCGCCCACCCCUACCUCAUCUCAGCAAGUAUUUAAUCAAUAAAUUUUUGUUUUUUAGCUAACAGUUGGAACGGUGCAGUGGGUAAAGCCGCUGCCCUCCACCCAACAAGCUGAGGUUCGAUUCUCUGCUUGGGACGUAACCAAGAGCCUCUGGAUAAGACGGCUAAUGCUGCGAUAGCUGCCUCAGUAACAUGAUUAGAGUAGAAGUUGUUCUGGGUGUUGGUGAUGUUAUGUAGGCUGUUUCCCUGUUAAAAACUCUUAUGUAUUAUUUUUAGCCUAUUGUUAGAUGAACAAACAAGUCUAAAUUAGUUAAAUAAGUUAACCGUAGGAGGGGUGACUACAGAGCUGUUGGGAAAAGUAAAAAACUCUAGUGCAUCAUGUUUCCUUGAAAUUUUGAGUUUCUAUUUUUACAGUUUCUGAGUCAGUGGGUUUUCUGUACGUUUCCACGUGCAGGGAAGCUGAUUGUUUGUGGUAAUUGACAGUACGUAACAGGUGCACCAGAUAGAGAUGAACUGCAGUAUUGCUUUAGAAUAAUGCUUGAAAACGUAGGGGGUCCGCCAGGCCAAGAUUAUCCUCAAACGUCUGCAGAGAUACGAGGUUCUUCUCAUACUUGUGUCGGUAAAAGGGUAACGUGUGCGUGUGUGUGUGGGCGGGUGUGUACAUAGUGUAUGUAUGGCUUGUUUGAAUCUGCUUGAAGAUGUCAUUAUUCUGCAGAGAUUAUUUAUCUGCUAAAAAUCCACUCUGAUAAAGGACUGAUCAGACUAAAGCCACAGGACUAUUUUCAAUCAACGCAUCUCAAAAACAGUGUGAAAAUAAAAAUGGGUUGACGGCUUCAAA